AAAUGAGACAGGCAAGGCUCGGCGUGGCGUGAAACGGGUUCAUUCAUCUUACCUCUUGCGGCUGUGACGAGUUAUAAACUUCGGGCUCGGGCCGACGCCUCGUCAUCGCGAUAAAUAGCCAACGUGAAGUCACUCCGCGACCAUUGCUGGUGCCAGUCGCUCGCCAGCGAUACGCUUCACCGCCCUCGGAAUAUUGACAUUUCCAUCUGUGAUAUAACGAUACCGCGAUAUCUUGUUAAUUUUUAGGUUAAUUCCUUCGCCGGUGGUAGUUAGUGCUUCGUUAUAGCUGUAGGACAUUCAAGGGUUUUAUAUACAGUGAAAUCUAGAGACAGUAACCAUGGAGUCUAAAGCGAUUACUUAUAACCUGGACAUCACACCAAACUACUCUUACAUUUUCGAAUUUGAGAACGAGUUUAUCCAUCACAAUUAUAGGAAGUGGAUGACUGAGAAUUGGACUGUAGCGUUUUAUUAUGUUGGUGUGUACAUGGCAUUCAUCUUCGGAGGGCAGUACUACAUGCAGAAUCGGCCCAGGUUCGAGCUCCGGCGCACGCUGAUAGUAUGGAACAGUGCGCUGGCGUUGUUCAGCAUCAUGGGCGCGUGCCGGACCCUGCCUGAGUUCAUCCACGUGCUCAGGAACCACGGCAUCUACCACUCCAUCUGUGUGCCAAGCUUUAUCGAGCAAGACAAAGUGUCCGGCUUCUGGACGUGGAUGUUCGUCCUCUCGAAGCUGCCGGAGCUGGGCGACACGGUGUUCAUAGUGCUGCGCAAGAAACCCCUCAUCUUCCUGCACUGGUACCACCACAUCACCGUGCUGCUGUACACCUGGUACUCCUUCACCGAGUACACCUCCUCCGCGCGCUGGUUCGUCGUCAUGAACUACUGCGUCCACAGUGUGAUGUACACUUACUACGCGCUGGUCAGCAUGGGGAAGUACCCGCCGAAGAUGAUGGCCAUGACGAUCACACUGCUCCAGCUGACGCAAAUGAUCGUCGGUUGCUACGUGAACAUGUGGGCGCACAACUAUUUGACCACGGCGCCGCCCAACACCUGUGGAAUUAGCCAGAUCAAUAUCAAGCUGUCUAUGGCGAUGUACUUCUCGUACUUCGUGCUUUUCGCCAGGUUCUUCUAUAAAGCCUAUCUUGCUCCUAAAGGCGGCAAGAAGGCAAAGCCCGAGCCGCUGUCCACCACGCCCAUGGACAAGAAGUCGGAGCUCCUCAAUGGGCACCUCAGACAACGGACUCAGAACGGCCUCAGCGCACACUAGUCGCCCGCUUGUGAUAUGUCUAGGUAUAAUGUACAGGUUAUGGAAGUUGAGCCGCGGUUGGGCUGCACUUGCCUCGUAAUCAUUACCCAUACUACUCAUAGGAGCCAAAGUUGACCAUAACAGUGAUAAAAAUUGUUGAAUAUUAAUAUAUACUAGGAAAAACGUUCACAAAUUGUCUGCGGAAAAUGAAAAGUGAGUGGGGUCUUUAUCUCAAUAAUAACCUCAGGGUUCACAGAGAGAAAAUUAAAUCGAAAAAUCUGACUCGUACUGGAUCUGAACCAGCAGCUACCGUCAAGUCGGGACGAGCGUGCCAACCACUACACCUCCUGUCCAUGCGGAAUUUCGAUAUUUGUGAGUUUCCCUAAGCACGGGUCUGUACUAUAAAAAACAAAAACCCCAAGGUUAUUUCACUAUGAGUUGACGACUCGGUCAUCGACCUGACCCACUGAACAAAAUAAAAGUCUACUUCUAAAAAUAAUGUAUAAAAUCCGGACUUUAGGUUAGGUAAGCGGUAAAUUAGAUAAAACGCUAGGGAGAAUAAAAUAACUGAAUUAUAGUGGUAAUUAUGUUGGCAAGUGUGUCUAAUCAACGCGAGGUGGAGAGCGCCCCCGCGUAUACAUUCCAAGUGCUCCAUCGGUUAGUCCAUCUGUUGCUCCUGAAGCAUUUUCCUUAGGGGUAAUAUACAAGACGUUCGUGACAUCGUAACGAAUACUGAGGGGGUCAUUCUGAGAUAAUAUCGAGUGGAAUUUUCCGUCGCAAAAUUAACGAUUUAUUUUUGUUUUUUUUUUAAAUUAUUUUCACUUCCAUGCUUUUGCGACGCAAAAUUCCACUUGAUAUCAACUCCGAAUCUUGGUCUGAAUCAUCCCUCGAAAGUUUUCGUUACGAUGUCACUAACCUAUAUUCUCUAUUUCAUGCAAAGUAUCACUGCGCCCUAUAAGAUCUAUAUUUUGAUCGUAUCUAUUUCUUCUACAUUAUUCUAACACUUACUAUAUAUACCCUUAUUAUCUAACAUACUUCUUAUAUAUACAAACUUUUGAUUUUUAAUUAUUAUUAUUAUUUACAUCACAUAACGUCAUUUUUGACAUUUGUUUUAUAUGGAGAAUGAAUGAAAACAUCUUCCAAUAGGACAUAAUUAUUAUUAAGAUUUCUAUAUAUUGAUCGUCUUUCGUCAUGUCCUAUAGUGUAUUUUCUUCAUUACAUGACACUGGCUGAAUCCUAAUCACACAAAAGUCAAAAAUGUAAUUGAGACCGUUAUAGAGCCGUACGGCUCAUUUAUCAUGUUGGUCUAACAGAAAUCUCGUGAGGUAUUUAUGGAUUUGCUUCUGACUACCAUUGAGAUAAUAUCUAUAUAUUAUAGUCUUCAGCUUAUGUUGUGUUGAAUUAAGAUGGUACAGCGUUGUUCUGUCAAUAUCUUUGACGAUUAAAUUAUAAAUUGGGAAAUACUUCAGGAGCAAUAGAUAGGCUAACCGUAUUCCAUGGCACCGCGCGUGUCAGUGGUGGCGCGCCCCACAACACUGAUGCUUUUAUAUGGGUAUGUGAGACGUGGUUUAGGGGGCCUACGCGACCUCAGGUUACAUCGGUACACGGAAGCACCACAGAAUCGAACAGUUGAAAAAUCGCCCCUAUAAUACUACUUUACAGACAGUUCACAACGACAAACAAAGUACGAAUGUAACACGCUCAUAUUUAGAAGAUAACUCUUCUCUGCUGCUUCCGUACCCCGAUCGACGUCUUAACUAAGUUGUGCUAGAAUAAGUAGGCUAGAAUAGAAGGUUAAUAGAAAUUUAGGAAAUUAGAAAGUUCUGUAAACCCAACGGGAUGACAUUGUUGACUUAGUUGCAAAAAUUGUUCAGUAGUUGGUUUGCCUUAGUUACAGAGAAUGUUAUGAGCGUUUGAACACAAUGUACUGAAGUUGGCAACUGAAGGACUGGAUACGUGACUUGGGAGUUGCUUAAUUUAAGUACAAGUGAAGAGGAUGCCGCGAGAAUGUAGUCUGUUACACAUACCUUAUGUUAUUGAAACUAAAAGCAAGUCUCUUCCAGUGGUCCUGUGUGAACACGGCUAGUUAUUCGGAACCUCCUAAAUUACGAAUGGUCCGCAUACCGACCUAUGUAAAAGCAAGAGUACCAUUGUUGUUGUUUAUCGUAUGUAUUACUUAAAGACGAGUGAUUUUUAAAAAUAAUUUAUUUGUAAAAGGGUAGUAUUACCUGUACAGUAGUUAUCGUUUCGCUUGACCGUCGGUCUUAGAUCUAGUUAAUACUUUGGUAUGCUUGUCAGACAAGCGCACAAAGUGUAAGACAAUGUAAUUCCUGAUAGUGGAAUAAGCAAUAUACUCUGUGAAAUUGACAGGUGGGAUGUAAUAUACGGAACUAAUGGGGGCUGAUACAACACUUGUAACAUCGUAUGUAACAAUCUUUCCUUUUUAGACUAAAUUAUGUAAGUUUGUCCCGAGCGGGACGUAAUUGAGAGUUCAAAUUAAUGUAAAGCGACAUGCCGCCAAAUGUUGACGCAUUUGACAGGUCAUGUCGAACGUCUAGAGGUGAUUUUAAUAUUUAAAACACAGGAGAAAGGAUAAAAAAUACAUUUCAAUGUCUCGUCUGUCUCAGAACGUGGGGUUUGUUUGAUCACAUAACUUGGAGCGAGACAGAACGAGCGACCUCACUAAUUAACUCCAUAUUUUUUAUCCCUUUUCUUUGAUAGCGUUUCGGACGCUCAGCUUUGCAUAACUGAAUAUCGCGUAAGUAAAUAUGCGACGUAUCAGUUUCUCUAGGAUAGACUUAGUUCCAAUACCCGUGGUGGAAGUUUAACAAGAGGACUAUGGUUAUAUAACACAUUAUAAACUUGGGAAUCGCUUUGUUUGUUUUCCGAAUAAUUGGAUUGUAUCUAAUAUAACCAGAACAUGAAUCAUGUGGAAUUACAGUCACGUAACACAUACUCGAGAACAAUAUUUAGUUGACGUCAAGGAUACGGUACGUGAUUUAGAAUAAUGGACGUUUUUUAUCCACGUACAACUGUUACGUGAACAAUUUUCAACUUGUUUAUCGAUUUAUGUAAAUUACGUUGGCUGAAAGUAAUGUACAGUUCUUAUGACGUCAUAGGACCCAUCAAUUGUCCUCCGGGUUGACUUUCACGACCACACACUACAGUGUACAAUGCUAGCUAGUCUUAGCCGAAGUCAAUUUCGCCUAGUACCCAUAAGCGGGGUAUAAAAAGUAAAUUGACAAUGGUGCCGAUUCGGGCAACCGCCAACUUAAGUUUAACUUAAUUUGAGAGGACUUCAAUUAGCUGUUUCUAAUACUUAUUGUAAGUGAAGGACGACACUAGUUCAAGAGCUGUCAAAGUAAAGAAUAUUAAAUGAAAGCGAUUGAAAACUGAAGACAAGGCUUAGGCCUAUUUUGAUCGUGAAUUUCGAAUAUUAAAUUACUAAAGUCAAGGCUGUAUGGUCCUCAGAUCUUUGCCUGCCUUAUAUAAGGCGAAUUUAAACAACAACAAGUUAAGGUCAAGUUUGUGUCAGCGCGAAUAGGCACCAUUGAAUUCCUAAGAAUUCAAAAAUCGUUUUAUGAUAUACCUAGAACAAAAUGUUUAACAGAUGCGAGGUAUCGCCCCUUUAUGUCCAAGUACUGUUACACCUUUUAGAAGUCACAAUUUUAAGGUAGGUUGUUCAAAUAUAGGCUGUUAAAUAUUGUCCAGUCCAAUGCUUUACUGUAAUGAAGUAUGGUGAGUUGCGACGCGAGGGAACAGUAAACGACACCAUCCAUUUUGGUACAAAUGUAACGACAAAAUCGGUGUUGCCUUUUAUUUUUUCAAUCGUGGCAAAUGUAUAUUGCUUAAUUUUGAUUUUUAAUGAUAAUCUUUGAUAUUCUCGGAUAGAUCAUUCGUUUAUCACGGGUUCAUGUUAGGUGUCAUGGGCGGGUGUCAUCGCUUUGUAAGUGGGUGCGUUUGUACAAAUUGCACGUUACGCCAUUUUUUAUACAUUUUAUUACAGUAUUUUAUUUUGUCUAACAUUUUUCUUGUUUGUAAGGGCCGCUGCGCCCGCGACUGUUGUGUAUACCACUAGAUAUCAUGAGCAUUUCUCUAGAAUUGUGUUUCGUUCGGUACAUACCUACUUACUUAGAUAUUUAUUUAAAUUUUGUUACACUUGACAUGUACAAUUAUUUGGAAAGUUUGUGUUAUUUUGAAUGCGUUAAGAAAUAUUUUAUCGUACUGUUAGUACUCCAUGUUAUGUAAUUUAUUCUACUUACAUAAAUUUUUACAUACUUACGAAAUGAAACCAAACGUCAUAAUAAAAUUUGGACUUGCAAUUUUCUGAAAAAUCAGUCAAGAAAAUCAUGAUUUACCGACUUGGCUGGCAUUUAUUUUAAUUUUAUACUUCUUAUACUUUUUCUCGCAUUUACAACUGUUGUUCUGCCUAGGACGAAUUAGCGGUUAUUGUUCCAUAUUCAUAAAAAAAUAUUUUAAAGAUAUAUUUUUGUGGAAGUUUUGUGGUUACAUACAGUAAAUAUUCCGAUGAAAUUAAUGAUAGAUUUAGUGAGGAAUAACCAUUGUAACCUACAGAUAAAGAGUGGAAUUAUUCUUGCAAUCAUUCAUUUGUAUUUUCUGGGCAAAUAAAGCGAUCAUGCGUAUGAGA